CUGCGGACGAACCACUAACCAACGAUACGACGAGUGUCGUAUUAUAGGGUUCCUAUUAUUGUGCAUGGUUUAAUGGAAUGGAAGUGAAGUUGCUUUCUGUCCCCUCCGAAUUUAACUUCUUGCUUGUUGAGUGUAAAGACCUGUAAUUUCAACAAUGUCAUUCUUUAUAAGAGGCUCAGCUACAAAGAAGAAGUCUGUCGGCAAAAAGGAUUCCUCAGGUAAAUCUAAACGAGAUGUGAGUACUGCUGCAAUUAACAAACUCAGGAAGAAGAAAGCCAAGUUGACUGAAGAGAUUGUUAGUGAUUCAUCUGAUGAUGAAAUUGAUACCCCAACCAAUAAGCGAAAGGUUGUCCCAUCCUCAUCUGAAUCCGAAUCUGAAGAGGAAACUGCACAGGAAAAGAGACUUCGUCUAACCAAGCAGUAUUUAGCACAGCUUGCAGAUGAAGAGAAAGAUAAUGAAGACGCCAGAGAUAUUGACAAAGACGCCAUAUCACACAGACUUAAAGAAGAUGUGCUCGAACUGAGUGGAAAACUACAGAGGAAAGUUUGCCAGGAAUAUGACUUUGAAGCAACACCUGAGAUGACUGUACUGAGAGGUCACAAUUUGUCAAUUACUUGCCUUGUCAUAUCCCCUGACAACAAGUACAUAUUUAGUGCUUCUAAAGAAUGCUGCAUUAUCAAAUGGAAUAUUGAAACAAGGCUGAAGGAGUACAUCAUUCCAGGUGGGAAGAAAGGUACAGAAGACACACAUAAAGGUCACACAACCCACAUCCUGGCACUCGCAAUCUCAAGUGAUGGUCAGUUCUUAGCAUCAGGGUGUAGGAGUAAACUCAUACACAUAUGGAAUCCCAGCAAUGGGGAACUGUUGCACACGUUCAGGGGCCACAGGGAUACUGUGUCGGGUUUAACAUUUAGGAAAGGAACACACACGUUAUACAGUGCUUCACAUGAUCGAACUGCCAAAGUAUGGAAUGUCGAUGAAAUGGCCUAUGUGGAGACCUUAUUUGGUCAUCAGGACAGCAUCACGGCCAUCGAUAGUUUAUCUCGAGAAAGAGCAAUCACGUCAGGAGGGCGGGAUAAUUCAGUACGAGUAUGGAAAGUUAUUGAGGAGUCACAACUGGUGUAUAAUACUCAAGGGGGUUCUGUGGACUGUGUCAAGUUAAUAAAUGAGGAGCAUUUCAUCAGUGGAAGUGACGAUGGUUCAAUUUCCUUAUGGAGUGUCUUAAAGAAGAAACCAGCGGCUGUUGUAAAAAGUGCUCACUCUCCAAAGUAUGACCAUAUCAGUAGCGAUGUCUCACAAAAGAUGGAAACUGUUAUCUCUCAUGAGGAGAACUGGAUCUCAUCGGUGGCGGCAUUACAAAGCUCCGAUCUGGUGGCUUCUGCAGGUUCUAAAGAUUCCAAGAUUCGUUUGUGGCAGUGUUCUGAAGGAUUCCGAUCUCUCAUUCCCGUUGCUGGCAUUGAAGUUGCUGGAUUUGUGAAUGCAAUGCAGUUUACCAGUGACGGGAGCCUGUUAGUGGCAGGAGUGGGACAGGAGCACCGUUUGGGAAGAUGGUGGAAACUCAAGCAAGCCAAGAACAAUAUUGUCAUCAUUGGACUUAAGAAGAAAGCUACCGUAAAAUCUGUCUAGAAAAGUCUGGUGGAGGUAGAGAGGGUAGCAAAACAUGUAGAUUGAUGCUUUUUUUAUCUUUGUAAAAGUUGGUCUGUCAAGCUAAUCUUUUUUGCUGGAUUGUCUGCACCCAAACCUCAUUCACUGCCUAUAUAUAGAUCAGUCUAGUCCAGUUGCCACAUUUGAUGUGGACUCGGCCCGUGCCAGUGAGUAGUUCAGACCAAAAAUUACUAACAUUUAUAGUCAGUCUCAAUAAGAGAUAUUAGUUAGGUCUGGUUAUUCGGCCAACUGAUUAUGGGCAUACUCACUGGUAGAAAACAACCACUAUUCAAUCAUGACUAAUUAAUGUUAAUAUUAUUUGCUUUUUAUAAUUGGUGGAUGAAAAUGGAAGAAAAAAAUCAACUGAGAUAAAAGCAUGCUCAACGUAAACAUUUUUAAGUGAAACAUCAUAUCAACUGAUUUUACAGUUUCUGAGGUACACAACUUGUUUGUUUUUUUUACCCAACUUGACCACCAAAACAAAAUAAAAAAAUAGUAAACCACAAAUUGUCUUUGUUUUAUUGUCAAUUUAAUUAUUGAUCGACAAUCUACAGUUUUGGUCAUGAGCUGAUACAACCAAACCACACUGUAUUGUAUACGCUUCAAAUGACAUGUUUGUGAUUUUUAUAACAAGAAGCAACUUGUAUCCAUUAAACUUAUACCAAACAAACCAUGAACCAAACAAACAAAUGCUCUGUAUUGUUAUCAUUGUUAGUAUUAGGAGUAUUAAUUGAAUGAAACUGAGAGGCCUCUCUCUUAUGCUUACCAAAGUUGUUUAGAAAUGUUGCUGUUGUCACAUCCAGCAUGCAAUGAUUGCCAAUAUUAACUUAAACUUCCAGUGAUCCUUAAUCCUUGAUGAACGGAGCAUUUUUUAAUGAUCUUUUGAUUGCCUUCUCGGCAAGUUGUUAUAAUAAAACUACUCUUGGAGAAUACUGUUAAAUUACGGCACCUAUUGUGACAGCUGAGUAACACCAAAACUAUUAAGAACUUGCAUGAAGAUGGCUGUUACCAAACAGGAUAGGUGUACUAAGACCUUUUUUGUUUUGAAUGAGACCCUGUGUCUAUCUUGAAGUUAAACAGCCAAAAAAGGAUGAUCUCAAGUAUAUAUAUAUAUUACAGUUUUCUAAUAGCUGGGGUCCAUAGGAAACAUACAAAAAUAUAACCAGUCUCUUACCUCGCGUUAAGACAUGGUAAAAUGUUUUUCUCCAGAACGCUCCAAGCCAAAUUUCUGAAAAAGGCGGGGUAAAACGAACCACUUUAUACAUGACGCGUGACGUCAUCGGCGGCUUAAAUAGUGGGUGCGUUCGUUUAGCUUUCCUGGGUCGACCCUGGUGUGUGGCUGGGUUUUUUCCCAGGACAAACGUGUGCAGAUAACUUCCCACGUUCGUCCUGUAAAAAAAAACACGCCACACACCGGGGUCGACCCAAGGAAGCUAAACGUACACGACAAUGUGUAAACAAAGUAAUUUACAAUAGGCAAUGCGAAUACAAUGUAUUGGGUGUCUCAAAAAAACCUAUACACUUUUGAAAUGGCUACCGAAUAAAAAAAAAAAAACGAUUCUGGGGAAAAAGG